AUGGAAGCUUACUACAACCAGCUCAAGCGUAACACCCUGAAAGAAUUGUUGGUGGUUCGAGGGGGCAGUGGCAGCAAUAAGACCAAGCGCUGUGUUGUAAGCGAACUAAUGGAGCUGGACAGGGAAAGCGUGGCUGCGGCAACUCUGGCUGUUC